AUGUCACCCCCUGGGACGUCCAAUACGAGGCCGCUGACUCUUACGGAGGAGCUGGAAAAGCUCGAGCAGUCCAUUACUUUGACGCUGCAAGAAAUCGAUUCCAACUUUAGCAGAGCGCAUCGCAUUGUCACCACGAAUAUCCUACCACUAGUUGAGCAAUACGGCGAGCAUUCAAAAUCAGUCUGGGAAUCAACCAAGUUCUGGAAACAAUUCUUCGAGGCAUCGGCCAAUGUCUCGCUUUCUGGAUAUGAAGAGCUUGCCAAUGGCAACGAAACCACGGUUCUGAACAGCAACGAAGAAUCAACAUCCGCGCACGAUCAAACCACCCCAGCCCGAACACCUCACCCCCAGAGCGCCGGCCGCAGUCACGACAUAACCAUCGAAGAUGAAUCCUCUGUAUUGCAUACCCGAGGCCAAGACCAGGCCCGACAGCGCACAACAAACGAUUCCGUCUUAACCGAUACUGGAGAUGACCUCAGCGGAAGCACUCCUCGCCCACCAGCGACCAAAUCCAUACCUUCACGGCCUCAGUUUGCCAAUCUCGACUCCCCAUACGAGCAACUCAGACGUCGCGAGCUCAAAGCCGCCGCUGAAGCGAACAAAACACCCGGUUUUGGCUCAGGAUCCGGCGGUGACGCCAUGGAAGACGACGACAGCGAGCUCAUCUUCCAACAACACACCGCCCGCCUACCCGACAUGUCCAUGGACCCCCAUCGAGCCCCAAACACGCCCUUCGGCGACCUGCAAGAAACACAACAACGCGUCGGAACAGCCAACAAAGACCCCCAUCCUCCACCGCAUGCCAGACAGGAACUAUCGCACCCCAAGGGCAAGGGCAAAGCAAAGGACGACCGACCACUAUGGCAAGACUCCUUCAUGUCUUCUCCGGAAAUGGAAGUUCCCCAGCUACGCUCCGCGGCAUUCAUGUCCCCCAUCAAGUCUGCCUACCGGGGAAAUACCCGCGCUGCUGCUGCCGCCGGCGCAUACGCUGCCCGCACAGCGCCACGAACACCAGGACUAAGCGUUCAAACACCCAUGGCUGGACGUAAAACAAAAGAUGUCUUUAGCACCACCAGUGCCGCCAAUGCGACAAACGCCGGCAAGACGCCCAUCCCUAAGGGCACGGUAGAAGCGAAGAAGAGGUAUCUGGAGGAGAUCGAUUGGGAGAGCGAUAGCGAGCAGGAUCCUUUCGGAGGGAUGAGUCCGCCGAAGACGAUCCAGUUUGCGUUGCCGCCGUCGAAGCUGUUGCAGACGCCGGCGAGGGAGGCAAGUAAGAAGAUUGUGGAGAAUUUGUUGCUCACGGCGGGGGAGAUGCCGGAGGAGUCAACGGAGUUUAGUCCGAGUGUGGUGAAGAUGAAUCCGGAUUUGAUGGAUGAGACUUUCUAG